GGACGAUUUUGCGCUUCAAUGGUAUUAAUACUGUUGCUAAAGGUCGCUGUCAUUGACUUUGACUAACUCCAAUCCCUUCGUUAGCAGCAUUCCAUUGCAUCGCCAACCUCGACGUCAAUUCCGAGUGCGACCGGCAAAUAGAGACCACCCUUGAGGUUACCAGUCACCAGCGAUAAAUUCGCCAACAUACUUGGUAAUUUGACGAUAUCGUCGUUUCCUCGCCGCAUUCAAGAACCCACCAUUCUGAAACAUGAUAAAUCCCUACGUUGUUGCAGUUGGGGUGGUGCUUGGAUGUUUCAUGUUCUGGUUCACAAAUGAAGUAGCUGAGCAAAAGACGGUUCUACGGCCGGAUAUCUUUCAAGAGUUCGAGUUGAAGGAGAAAACUAUCAUUUCUCACAAUGUUGCCAGGUAUCGCUUCCAUCUCCCUACUACAGAUGCUGUCCUCGGCCUCCCCAUUGGCCAACACAUGUCUGUGGGCGCCUUCAUCCGACAACCAGACGGCUCAGUGAAGGAAAUUGUGCGCUCGUAUACUCCCUUGACGGGGGAUGAAGUUCGUGGGUACUUUGAGCUCCUGGUCAAAUCCUACCCACAGGGCAACAUAUCACAGCACUUUGCAUCUCUUAAAAUUGGCCAGCGAAUUCGUGUGCGCGGACCGAAGGGUGCCUUUAUGUACUCGCCCAACAUGGUUCGACGCUUUGGCAUGAUUGCUGGAGGCACGGGGAUUACCCCGAUGAUGCAGGUGAUGCGAGCGAUUCAACGUGGGCGCUGCAAUGGAGACAAGACGGAAGUGGACUUGAUCUUUGCAAAUGUCACUGCCGAGGAUAUUCUUCUGAAGGAGGAUUUGGAUGCCCUAGCGCUGCAAGACCCUUGCAUCCAUGUUCACUACGUACUCAACCAGGCCCCAACAGGCUGGAAGGGAGGCAUUGGCUUUGUGACACCUGAAAUGAUGAAGAUGUGGUUGCCUGAACCGGCUCGCGAUAUCAAAAUCCUCUUUUGCGGCCCUCCACCGAUGGUCGCUGCUAUGAAGAAAGCAGCCGUGAGCCUUGGGUUCGAGAAGGCCCGACUGGUCAGUAAACUCGAGGAUCAAGUAUUUGUGUUUUAAACACGCAAGAUAUUGAUCCGUCACAUAUUGCGGAAUCUCGAGACCAUCUUCUCUUCCCUUUCCAUUAACUACAAGUCAAUGAUUGCCCGUUGUGAUGUGCUAUAGUUCCUUGGAACUGGAUUUGCUGUCUACCUAUUCUAGCA